GGCCGCUGGGUCCCGUCGCUGUUGAGUAGGCGCCGGGCCCGCGCAGCCGCCCGCUCCGCCCCGUCCCGCUCCGCCCCGUUCCGCCGCUGCCGCCCGCCGCCCUUCGCCGCCCUCUGCAGGGCCAUGGCAGACUGGGCCCCCGCUCAGGACCUGGAGUGGGAUAUGGAGUCCCAGGAGCUGGCCCUGGAGCAGCCACUGUCCGUUCCGGAGCAGGGCCCUGCCGCCGAGACCGAGCUGCCGGCCGCUGAGAUCUCCGUAACGCUGGUCGCUGAGAUCCAGGCCGUGGACAGGAAGGUGGAUGCUCAGGCAGCCCAGCUGAUGAACCUGGAGGGGAGGAUGAGGAUGGCAGAAACCAAGCUGAUUGGUUGCGAGAAGACGGCAGUGGAGUUUGGGAAUCAGCUGGAGAGCAAGUGGACAGCCCUGGGCACCCUCAUCCAGGAGUAUGGGCAGCUGCAGAAGAGACUAGAGAAUAUGGAGAACCUGCUGAAGAACAGGAACUUCUGGAUCCUGCGGCUGCCCCCAGGGGUGAAGGGGGAGGUCCCCAAGGUCCCCGUGUCAUUCAACGAUGCUUCCUUUAACUUUUCUGAGGAGGAGUGGAAGAGCUUGAAUGAGUGGCAGAAGGAGCUUUACAGGCAUAUCAUGAAAGGCAACUACGAGGCUGUCAUCUCAAUGGAUGCGGCCAUUUCCAAGCCAGACCUUCUGUCACGGAUUGAGCAAGGAGAGGAUCCCAACGCGGAGGAUCCGGAUGACUCUGAGGGAGGAGAAACCCCUACAGACCCCAGCACUGAAUUUUCCUUUCCUGGUCCUGAUGAUUGCUCAUGGAGUAAAUACGAAGAGGCUCUGGCUGAAAGCCACGAUGGCUCUGAAGAAGAAGAAGAAGAAGAAGAAGAAGAAGAAGGCAUGGAAGUCCCUUGUACAUAUGAACAGCAGUGUGAUGAGGAAGGUUCCGAAAUCCUUGAGCUUCCUAGCUCCUUGGCAGGAAAGUGGGAAGAGGUUUUCUCAAGCCCAGAGGAGGAGAUAAAGCCAAGCAGCAAGAGCCGGAGUGGAUCAACCUCGCAGCAGAGAACAGGCAACGGGCUGAGGCGCUCCUCUCGCCGUGGGAGAGACUUGGCCAAGAAGGAUGCUCCCGAGGAUGUGGCUGCAGUAGAGGGGCCAUACAUUUGCUGUGAGUGUGGGGAGAGCUUCCUGGACAAGCAGCUGUUUGCCACCCAUCAGAAAGCACACGCCAGCGAGGAAGCCUGCACUUCCCUGGAGCACGGAGAAGGCUUGAGGCAGAAAUCCAAAACAAAAGGCCAGGGGUCUUCCCGCUCCAAACAGUCCAAACGCUCCGAUGGGGAGAAGAGCUCUGGUUUCAAGUAUGGCUUUGUCAGGCACCAGGUGAACAACAUGGUGGAGAGACCCUACACCUGCUCCCAGUGCAAGGAGAGCUUCAGCCUGGAAGUGAGCCUGAUCUUGCACCAGAAGCUCCAUACAGGGAAGGGUGAUGGGCCACUGACAUGCACCUACUGCGGGAAGGACUUCCGCGACCUCUCCAAAGCCAUCCGCCACCAGCGCAUCCACACGGGGGAGAGGCCGUACCAGUGCACUGAGUGCGGGAAGAGCUUCAUCCGGCGGGACCACCUGCUCAAGCACUGGCGGGUGCACACUGGGGAGACCCCCUACCAGUGCCCCGUCUGUGGGAAGCACUUCCGCUACAAAGAGUCUCUGAAUUGCCACCAGAAAAUCCACUCCCGCAACCCCCGGCCCUUGGAGGAUUCCCAGAUCAGGCUGGAGUCUGGCACUCAGACCAGCCUCUUGUGUGUGAAAAAAGAAACUAAGCAGCCCGCGGGGCGCGAGGCCGCAGGGCGGGGGGGCGGGGCCGUGCUGGGGAGAAGGGGCCGCCAGGGGGCGCCCGCACCAGCCCCGGCCAUGGCGGCGCCCGACGGUGCGGGCCGGGCCCGCCCCCCCUCCCUGCAUGCGCGGUGUCCUCCCCCGGUGCCCGUGGCAUCCGCAGUGACCCCCCCGCAGUGGCCGCAGUCCUUCCCCAGUUCCCCAAGAGGAUCACUGGGCCGAGCCGGCCGGGCCAGCGCAGGCGGGGGGGGCCCCGACGGUGCGCGGGUGCCCGCGCGCGGUGAUGCCGUCGAUGCGACAGGGGGCGCUGCGGUGGCGGCGGGCGCCCCGCUCCGCCCUGCCAGGCGCGGCCCCCGGCGCGGCCCGCGCGCGACGGCGGCGGCCUGCCCGCCCCCUGCCGGCUCGGCGGGGCAGCGGCGGGGCCGGAGCGCCCAGCGCGGAGCGGCGGAGCCGGGACGCGGAGCCGCUGCUCGGUCUCACGUCGCCGCCCCUUCGCCCCCCCCCCGACCUUCGCCCCCGCCUUCCCCGGUCGGGUCGGGCCGGGCCGCGCCCCGCCCCCGCCGCGCCGCCCCGCCGCGCCCCCGCCCCGCCACCGCCCCACCGCGCCGCGCCGCCCCGGGCCCAGCCCGAUGCCCGGCGGCGGGCGGAGGUGAAGGAGCGAGCGGGUACUGGAACCUCCCGGCCGCGGCCCCCGGGGCCCCGGGCAGGGAACAAAGGGCCAUGGCCGAGGGGGCUCCCGCUCAGGCGCCGGAGCCGGUGCAGCAGCCGUGCUAUUCCUCACCCUUCCGGCCGGUGGCUGGGCACGAACGCACCUCGGAGCAGGAGACGCAGACAGCUGAGGUGUCCUUGAUGGUGGUGGCAGCGGUGCAGGCAGUGGAGAGGAAGGUGGACUCCCAUUCCACCCGCCUGCUCGACCUGGAGGGUCGGACGGGGAUGGCAGAGAAGAAACUGAUUGACUGUGAGAAGACGGCAGCAGAACUGGGGAACCAACUGGAAAGCAAGUGUGCAGCACUGGGGACCCUCAUCCAGGAGUACGGACUGCUCCAGCGGCGCCUGGAGAACAUGGAGAACCUCCUCAAGAACAGGAAUUUCUGGAUCCUGAGGCUGCCCCCAGGCAGAAAGGGGGAAGUCCCCAAGGUGCCGGUGACGUUUGACGACGUGUCUGUCUAUUUCAACAACAAGGAAUGGGAGAAGCUGGAGGAGUGGCAGAAGGAGCUGUACAAGAACGUGAUGAAAGGGAAUUACGAGUCGCUGAUCUCCCUGGACUAUGCAAUUUCCAAACCCGGUGUCUUGUCUCAGAUUGAGAAAGGAGAGGAAUCGCGGGUCAGGAAUGAGCCAGACUUGGAGGAGAGUGAGAUCAUUACUGAUGCCACUGCAGCUGGCAUAAGGGUUGUGAUCAAAACGGAGGAGCUCCUUCCUGAAGACAGUCCUGAAAACCCUGAGCUGCAUGGGAUGUCGGGGCAGUCGGAGGGGAGCUUCCAGAGUCCGGAUGAGGAGGCAGCCUGUGAGAGUCCCUACGGCUCUGUCUCACCUCCAAGGGACCUCCCAGGAACCAGCCUGGGUGACUCGUCUGAAUACGUAUCUGACUUCAACGAGAUCCAGAGAGUCAUCGUUCACCAUGGGAGCUGCGCAGAGGACGGGAUCGUGAUCAAGACAGAGGAAGAAGAGGAGGAGGAGGAGGACCCCGACACUCUGGAGCCGUGUGACAUGUUCUCAGGCAGGAGCGAGCCGCCGGUGUUCCCCAGCCAUGAGGCCGGGCUGGGCUGUGAGGCACAGUGCAGCUCCAAAACACAGCCCAGGAGCCUGGUGGCCGCCCGUGUGAGGAAACCGCCAGCGUGCGAGAGGGACUCUGGAGACAUGAAGCCAGCCGUCGGCCAGCAGCGGAACCGGACAAGGGAGAGACCCUACAUCUGCCCCGAGUGCGGGAAGAGCUUCAUGCUCAAGAUCAACUUCAUGAUCCACCAGCGCAACCACCUCAAGGAAGGGCCCUAUGAGUGCCACGAGUGCGACCUCAGCUUCCGCAACAAACAGCAGUUCCUGCUGCACCAGCGCAGCCACACGCGCCGGGGUGUGGAGGUCCCCCGGCGCCCUGAGCACGGUCUCAAGCCCCAGCCACGGCCCCCACCUCCGGGGAAGCCCUACAAGUGCUCUGAGUGUGAGAGCAGCUUCAGCCACAAGUCAAGCCUCAGCAAACACCAGAUCACACACGUGGGGGAGCGGCCCUUCACCUGCGGCGAGUGCCGACGGAGCUUCCGCUUGCAGAUCAGCCUCAUCAUGCACCAGAGGAUCCAUGCCGGCAAGAAUGAGAUGGCCUUCCUCUGUCCCCAGUGCGGGAAGAAUUUCACCCGGCCCUCCCACCUCCUGCGGCACCAGCGGACUCACACCGGUGAGCGGCCCUACCAGUGCAGCCAGUGUGAGAAGACCUUCAGUGAGAAGUCCAAGCUCACCAACCAUUACCGCAUCCACACCCGGGAGCGCCCGCAUGCCUGCGCCGUCUGCGGGAAGGGCUUCAUCCGCAAGCACCACCUCCUGGAGCACCAACGCAUCCACACGGGCGAGCGGCCCUACCACUGCACCGAGUGCGGCAAGAACUUCACCCAGAAGCAUCACCUCCUGGAGCACCAGCGGGCGCACACCGGCGAGCGGCCCUACCCCUGCACUGAGUGCACCAAGUGCUUCCGCUACAAGCAGUCUCUCAAAUACCACCUGAGGACGCACAUGGGAGAGUGAGGGGCUACUGACGGCUUCCUCUCCCUCCCUCUCUUCCCUCCCUGCCUACUUCCCUCCCUCCAGCCUUCCCCUUCCUUCUCCACUCAUCUCUCCCUCCUUCUCUCCAUCUCCCUUCCCCCAGCUCAGGGCAUGGACAUCAAGGAAGCUUUGUGUGGUAGCACCGCUGCUCUGGUGGAGACAGCUAGGCUGAUUGGAAAUAAAUUAAUUAAUUAAAGCAAGUGAUGUGCGGCAAAGUGAAGAGGUUAAAUGUAUGUAUACAGUUAACAGAAGCAGCUGGUUUAGGGGGAAUCCUCACCAUCAGAGAAAACAUAAAGGCAAGCAAACCACCAACAAAAAGAAACCUGUACAGGGUGUUUUGCCGGAGUAGGACUCUUUAACUGCUUUUUAAAUCUACUGUUUGGUUUUCUAAUAAAUGUGGAGGAACUGA